AUGGAGUUCCACGCUUCUUGGCCAACUUACAAUCCAAUAGGUUUACCAAUUGAAGAUGAAGGGUUUUGCUUGGCAGACAUGGAUGCCCUAGUUAACAGUUUCAAGUUUUCCACUUCAUCUGUUUCCAUUGAACAUUUCUCAGACAUUUCUUCUUCAACUCCAUAUGUCGAUGAAGCCUAUAGUUCCCACUUUUUAAGCACUCAUUUGCCAGGCAUCUUACAAUGGGUUAAUGAGGGUGAUACUCCAAAUGACCAGUUUAGUCUUGAUGGUGUUGAAAACUAUUGUUCGGAACAGAUGUUUAUGGAAGAUGUCAGCUGCCAGAAUCUCUCACCAACGUCGGCUGAAGUUUCCAUGGAUGUCAUCCCACUGGUUCAAGCUUACUUGGUUCUGCCUGAUGAAAGCAUGGAAAUUGAUAACCAAACAUCGAUUCUUCAUCUAUUGAAAGCUUGUGGGGAUGCCAUGGGGAGCAAACAGAUGGAGCUAGCACAAGAAAUCAUUAGGAGACUAAACGAAAAGGCCUCUCCGACCGGCAAAAGCAUCGAACGACUUGCAUUUUAUUUGACACUAUCAUUGGACAAGCAAGCUAACUACUUAAUGCAAGAAGCAAGCAAAAAUUACGAUGCAGCCUUCAAUGCCUUGUAUCAGAUCUUCCCCUAUGGUAGGUUUGCUCAUUUCACUGCUAAUUCGGCCAUACUGGAAUCCAUCCCUGCCUAUGCUACGGUACUACAUAUUGUGGAUUUCGAUAUUGGUAAAGGCAUACAAUGGCCUGCUUUGAUCGAAACACUUGGAAGGCAAGGGUUAAGAACGUUGCGGCUGACCACAAUAAAAUGGGAGGAAGAGGAUGGCAGUUGCAAUGCUACAACUAGCUUCGAGGAGACGAAGAAGCAGCUGUGUAAACAUGCAAAGACUUUUGGGCUUAGAAUGGAGGUAGAGGAAAUGGAUAUAGAAGGUUUAAUGAGCAAGGUUAAAAUGGAUAACGAGUGGUUAGCAUUCAAUUGUAUGGUUGUGUUACCUCACAUGGAAAAACAGAGGAGUGUUAAGCAUGUGGAGGAAUUUCUUACAACAGCAAAGGCAUUGCUUAGGAGUGAUACAAGUAAAGGCAUCAUUACUUUGGGAGAUGGAAUUGGUAUCAAAAAAUGGACAGACUAUACGAGUUUCGAUUCAUUCUUCGAAGCACAGCUGGUCUACUUCCAGGCCUUGCUUGAGUCCAUGGAGCAAUUUCAAUUCCUAGAGGCAAGAAUAGCUAUGGAAUGUUUGUUUGUGGUACCCCAUCUUUGUUCCCUUGUUAAUGCUCAACAAUGGAAAGAAACUUGCAGUACAGGGUGUUCCCUCACGAAACUCGGCUUGGAACCUCGGAGGAUGAGCUGGGAAAACUAUUUGGAAGCAGAGGAGCUGGUGAGACAAGCGGAGGGUUCAUGUUGGGUGAAAACAGAAGGAGAGAAUAACAAUGAAAUGGUGUUGGGUUACAUGGGAGCUCCCCUUGUCAGAGUGUCUAGCUGGACAUAG